AUGAAGCUCAUUCUCCAGCUCUGCCUGCUGGCGCUGGCAACCCUCGCUGCAUGCACCGGCCAAGUCAAUGUCACGCUGAGCUCGGUCGGCCGUACGGUCAUGGAGGCCAUCAUCACCAACACUGGCCAGUGUGACCUCAACCUCUUCAACAAGGCGACGAUUCUGGGCGACGCCCCGAUUCAGAAGGUCUUCAUGCUAUCCCAGGGUGUGCUGCUCCCCUUCGAGGGCGUCAGGUUCUCGCCUCCCGGCCCAGGCAACUACACCUCUGGCGACUUUGUUCACCUCUCCAUCGGCAACUCGGUCGUUGUUUACUUUGACGCUUCUGAAGAGUAUGAUCUCAACGCCGGUGGCGCCUUUACCGUGGUUGCCAUUGGAUCCAUUCCCUACGCUGAAGGCAACUCAACCUCUCUCAAGGGCGAUGCCGUAGCCUUCACCAGCAAUACUCUCGCCAUCGACAUCGCACCGAUUGUGGACGGCAAGAUCUUGACGGCUCGCACCAAGUUUCACUCAUUGGUCACGGGCGUCGACGUCGCAAGCAGCUGCGAGAACGAUCUUCUUGACAGAGUCGAGGCUGCUAUUGUCGGCGACGGUGGCUGCGCCAACCAGGCCGAUGCUGCUGUUGACGAUGCCGAACUGAAAGACACGAGCAAGCAGUUCAAACGCUAUUUCCACACCGACGAACAGGUGCACAAGGACAGAGUCAUUGCCCGAUUCCAAUCCAUUGCCGACCAGUGCGAAGCCAUCGAGCGAGGUUCCAUCAAGUUUCACUGUGAGGACGUCCUGGGUUUCUGCUACAUAAAGCCCUCUGGCUGGUCUGCCGCCUACGCCUUCGAUGACUACAACCUCAUCUGCCUCUGCGACCCUGCCCAUGGCUUCCCUGCCCUCACUCAGACCUGUGGCGACGUCGACAUGACAGGCAUAGUGAUCCACGAACUCUCGCACCUGCGCAACAUCUACGACCCACCGACCCGCGACUACGCCACCCUCCUGUCUGGUGGUGCAGCCGACCUGGAGGCCAUGUACGCUGUCGAAAAUGCCGACACGUACCGCCUCUACGCCCAAGCCCUCGCUCUCAACUGCCCUCUUCCUCCGACCCCAACUUUCUCGACGAGUUGGAACCAGAGCGCCACCACUACCCCGUGCGAAAAGUGA